AAUCGGUUCUAAUUUCCUUAACACCAAUGAAACAAUAAUGCGAGAAAUUGUGGAUUCAACCCUUUUCUUUGGAGAAAAAUUAAACCCUUGUUUUGUUUCAUUACCUUCUCUAUGAACUAAUUUCUUGCCGAAAAGGAGAACUUGGAAACUUUCAGGCCAUUGGCGGCUGCGGUUCGAGUUCGGUUGGUUUCCUUUUCUUCCUCAUCUCUCCGCUAGCCUAAUUGGAGGCACGAGCUCUAUGGUUCCCCAAUGACCACGUCGGCCGCAUCGCUGAUAAUCCCACAUCUCUAUUUCCUUAAUUCCGUCGCCCCAUCUCCCAGAUCUUUGAAACCUUCAGAAGCUUCACGACUGCCCACAAUCCGAAAUGUUAAAACCCCACAAAACCCCACCUCGUAUUUGCCUCCAUAGCCUUAUUUCUCUUCUGGGUUCUCACCAAUCUCUCAGUUUCUCAUCGGAGCCGCACCCUUGUUCAGCCCCUUCACUUUCGCCCGCCGCAGAUCCUUUGCCGGAAUUGGUAUCUACAAUCUCUGACAUUCUUUCGCGCCCCAAAUGGGAAUGGAGUUCAGAGCUUUGCCAUUUGAGCCGCAAACUCAAACCCCAUCAUGUAGUGAAGAUCCUCGAAACGCACGAGAACACGGAUUCAAUCUUGCGCUUCUUUUACUGGGUUUCGAAGAGGCAUUUUUUCCAACACGACAUGAGCUGCUUCGUUUCGAUGCUGAAUAGGUUAGUCCAGGAUCGUCUCUUUGCGCCUGCUGAUCAUGUAAGAAUUUUAAUGAUCAAAACAUGUAGGAAUGAGGGAGAGAUUAAGAGGGUAAUUCAGUUUUUGAGUGAGAUUAAUACUAAACAUGGUUUUGGUUAUACUUUGUAUAGUUUUAAUACUCUUUUGAUUCAGUUGGGCAAGUUUGAAAUGGUUGGUUUAGCUCGAGAUGUGUAUAUUGAGAUGCUUAACAGUGGGAUCAGACCCAGUUUAUUGACAUUUAAUACAAUCAUAAAUAUCUUGUGCAAGAAGGGAAUGGUUCAAGAAGCAGAGGUGAUUAUGAGUCAUAUUUUUCAUUAUGAUGCCGGUCCAGAUGCUUUUACAUACACAUCUUUGAUUCUUGGGCAUUGUAGAAAUCGAAACUUAGAUUUGGCCUUCGAAAUGUUUGACCGAAUGGUGAAAGACGGGCACGAUCCAAAUUCUGUGACUUAUUCAACCCUUAUCAAUGGACUAUGUAAUGAAGAGAGGCUAGAAGAGGCAAUGGAUUUGCUUGAGGAAAUGGUUGAGAAAGGGAUCGAACCAACAGUAUAUACGUACACCGUUCCAAUAGUUUCGUUAUGUGAUGCUGGUCGUCUUAGUGAGGCAGUAGGGCUUCUAGGAAAAAUGAAAAAGAGGGGAUGUAGCCCGAAUGUUCAAACAUUUACAGCUCUAAUUAGUGGUUUAUCACGAGACGGGAAAUUUCAGGUUGCGAUUGGCCUAUAUCACAAGAUGUUGGCUGACGGUUUGGUUCCAACAACUGUUACGUACAAUGCCCUGAUUAAUCAGUUGUGUGUGGAAGGAAGAUUCGAAACCGCCCUCAAGAUUUUUCAGUGGAUGGAGAGUCAUGGCAGUUUGCCGAAUACACGAACAUAUAACGAAAUAAUUAAAGGCUUUUGCUCCAUGGGUGGCAUUCAGAAGGCAAUGGUUCUCUUUGACAAAAUGCUCAAGGCUGGUCCUUCCCCAAAUGUGAUAACUUACAAUACACUUAUUUAUGGAUAUACCAAGCAGGGUUAUAUGAACAAUGCAAUGAGAUUGUUAGAAAUGAUGAAGGGCAAUGAAUUUAAGCCCGAUUCUUGGACUUAUACUGAACUGAUUUCGGGGUUUUCUAAAGCGGGAAAAUUGGAUCAUGCUUCUUCUCUUUUCAAUGAAAUGGAGGAACAUGGUAUUUCCCCGAAUCAAGUUACGUAUACAGCUUUAAUCGAUGGAUAUUUCACUGUCGAAAAAGUGGAUGAUGCUUUGAUAUUGUUUGAGAAGAUGCUGGAAAGUGGAAAUCGUCCAAGUAGUGAAACCUACAAUGUGAUGAUAAGUGGUCUCUCUAAAAUUAAUCGUUUUUCUGAAGCCGAGAAUUUCUGUGGUAAAAUGGUGAAGCAAGGCUUGCUCCCGAAUGUCAUUACCUACACCGCCUUGAUUGAUGGACUGUGCAGGAAUGGCAGGACGAGUCUUGCAUUCAAGAUUUUCCAUGAAAUGGAGAAAAGAAGUUAUUUACCAAAUUUAUAUACCUAUAGUUCCCUAAUUUAUGGCCUAUGCCAAGAAGGUAGGGCCGAGGAUGCAGAAAGGUUACUCGAUGAAAUGGAGAAGAAAGGAUUAACCCCGGACGAGAUAACUUUUACGUCUCUUAUGGAUGGUUUUGUUGCACUUGGCAGAAUUGAUCAUGCAUUUCUUCUUUGCAGGCAAAUGAUUGAUGUUGGCUGCAGACCGAAUUAUCGAACCUUCGGUAUAUUGCUGAAGGGAUUGCAAAAGGAAAGCCAGUCGCUUACGGAAAAAGUUGUAGCCGAACAUGAAGUGACGUAUACUUGUAGCUCUAACGAUAAACAUCACAGCACAUGCACAAUGUACGAUCUCCUUGCUAGGUUGUCUUGCUAUGGAUGCGAGCCAACGGUUGAUACGUAUACCACUUUAGUGAAAGGCUUGUGUGGAGAGGGAAGAUGCAACGAGGCCGAUCAACUUGUUACAAGCAUGAAAGAGAAAGAUUUGCAACCUGGUGAAGAAAUUUAUCUUGCUCUAUUGGUUGGUCAAUGUAAGAACUUGGAAGUGGAAUCUGCUCUUAAAGUCUUCGACUCUAUGGUUACAAUAGGUUUUGAGCCGCACCUAUCAGCUUACAAGGCUCUCAUAUGUGCGCUUAGCAAAGCGAAUUGCAGACACGAAGCUGAAUGUAUGUUUCAAACUAUGCUCGAGAAGCAUUGGAAUAGCGAUGAGGUUGUCUGGACAGUGUUACUUGAUGGGUUACUCAAGGAGGGGGAAAUUGAUCUAAGUUUGAAGCUUCUUCAUGUCAUGGAAUCGAGAAAUUGUACUCUCAAUCUCCAGACGUACGUUAUGUUGGCCAGAGAACUAUCUACACUCGAUUGCUCGAUCGAAAUCCCUCAAGUCUCUAAACAUUUGGGAAGUGUAAAAGAUAAACGUUAACUUAAGUUCGCUUAUUUGAACAAGAAGAAUGGUCUCAAGCUUCCCAUGUAAUAAUGGACAUUGGUCUAAUGGGAAUUGCAGAGUUUACCUGAGGGCAUUUUCGUUCCUGAAUGGCUUUAUUAACGUGUACUGUUGCAGAAGAACAAACCAUUGAUGCGCUUUAGAAGGAGACGAUACUGCUCUACAAGUAGCUUCUAAAGGGUAAAACUGAUAGUUUCUGCACAGUUUUCGAUGUUCGAUGACUAUUAGAACAGGAAUAUCUACGUAUACAUAAUAUCGAUGCCGAUACACCACACGAUUUGUUGAUUCACUUGAUUCUUUCCAUUGCCAAAUGUCGUACCAACGGAAUGCUGCCGUGGAGCAGAUUCUCGCCUUCCCCUGGCCCUCUUCACAACCCCAUUCAAAAUAUAUGAAAGGAAUUGGAAGCGUCCAAAACAUUGGUAAAUGCUGUUCUAACUCAAGGCUGUUCUAAAUGACAAAAAAAAUGACACAAACCAUUACCUAACCCUUUAUUCCUCAACCCUUCCUUCCAAACGCUACCAUCCAUAUCUGGUUUGGACUUGUUACAUGCAUUUGUUUUCCAUUAAAAAAAACCCUUUUCUCUAAAAUAUUCACCAACCCAACCCUCUCUAGACCACCCUUUGAACCUCUUGCUGUUUGGAUUUUCUUGCAAACCAGCUGAUUCCCCCCUCUGUAUGAUUAUCAAUCAGAAAAGACCCCAUUUCCCCCCCCUACUACUCUAAUGAUAAGAGCAAUACAUUUUAAUCCUAUAACUCCCAACUCUAUGCACUUCCACCAGCUUAAACUUCCAUUGAAGUGCUCUGCAGAUGGGUAGGCACAGUAGUGAAACCACCAUGAUUGGUACCUCCAUAGCUCUCUUACAGGAAAGGUUCAGGCAGUUGCAGAAAGACAAACAAAGGAGAGAGAAGAAGGAGCUUCUUAACCUGUUGUCUGAUUCGAAUAGAGUCGAUACCUCCUUGAUAAUGCAUUUAGAAUCCAAUAGCUCGUCGACCUUGAGAGAUUUGAACCCUGAUUCCCUCUCCCUUGGCCUGAACUCGUCGAGUGCAGGUAAGCAAGUCGAUAUCCAUGAAGCUAGGUUGAUGCCUGGAAAUUCAGUCAUGGGUAGUGGCUUAAGAAGUUGUUUAGAUAAUCCAGAUGUGGCUACCACUCUUCAUCUAUGAACAGUUUGUUCACUUAGUGUUUGUGUUGGUUUAUUUGUUGCUUCUCUUCCCACUGAUAGCUUGUGUGAUCAAUAUGUGUAUUGAUAAUGGUGUGGACAUUCUGUGAGUUGUUUUCUUGGUUAAUUCUUAGGAAUGUGUACCUAAUGAGAGAGGGAGAGAAGGGAAGUAAUGGAAAGUUUGGUCAUUUUUAAUCCUUUUCUUUUGGUUCAUGAGAUUUGAAUAUCUGAAAGUUUGUGUCGGUCGGUGUGUCGCGACUAGAAGCUUUCCAUCUUUGGAUAUAUGAGCGAGAAACUGUGAAAGUGUCCCGAAAUUUAUUUAGUGAUUAGUUGUCAAGGCAACUAAAUUUUGUUUUUUCGGGAAGAAGGGGGGAGUUGGCAUCUCGAUUUUAAUUUUGAAGUGCGAGAGAUGAAUUUUCGUAAUGUUUGGAAAUAUUCAAUGUAUUUAGGUAUUCAUUGGACGUUGGUGAUCUAGCCGUGUGAAGCGAAAUCUUAAUUCUUAACGUUCGAGAAAUGAUUCUUGUUAUUCUUUAAAAUCAUUUUAUUCUAUUAGUGAUGCACGUCGGAGUUUGA